AUGGGAACUGGUUCCAGCAACAAGGUCAACCUCGACUGGUCAAAGACGCCCAUUGAGGUUCCCAAUGAAGGCGUGAUUGUGAUGGGCCGAAUGCGCGACCAAGAUACCGCCUGGGUCGGUGCUGAACUCUCUGAAUGGCGCAACUUCAUCUACACCGUCGACGAUACCUCCUUUCCCCGCCACACCCCUAAGAACAAGGCCGCGAAGCCCUUCCGUACCUACAAUUUAUUGUCGACCACUACGACGACCUCCCCACCACUCGGUGCGAGCGCUACAACGCGAGUUCGUCGUAGCAGAGGGCUUUGUGAACCUGCGCUGCCAAAUGUCCCCCGGCUGCCCCGCGAAAUACAGCCAUUCCGCAACCCUCCCAAGCCCGGCGACACCGGCGAGAAAUACUACGCCCAGGCCUGGAAGGAGCUCUUCAACAACAGCGAUGUUCCCGAGGUCAUCGGCGCCCCCUGCUGCUCCCAGUUCGCCGUCUCCCGCGACCAGAUCCUCAAGCGCCCCUUGAGCGAUUACCAGCGCAUGUAUGACUGGGUGCUCAACAACGACUUACCCGAUGAGAUUACUUCGAACAUUAUGGAGUACUCGUGGCACAUUAUCUUCGGCAGGGAGCCUGUCUUCUGUCCCGAUGUUGCACAGUGCUACGCCGAUGUUUACGGCGAAGAGGUCAUCACCUUUUGA